AUGAGCUUUUUAUCCAGACUGAGGUCCUCUGGCUGGGCUUAUCCCACGGCCGUACUAUCACUGUACGGUUUUUUUGCUAACUGCAGAGUAGCUGAGCCUUUCCUCACACCGUACCUGAUUGGACCACACAAGAACAUCUCUGAAGAAGUGGUCACAAACUACCUGUUCCCGAUCUGGACGUACUCCUACCUCGCCUUCCUUUUCCCUGUCUUCCUCCUCACCGACUUCCUGAGGUAUAAGCCAGUGAUCGUGGUGCAGGGUUUCUUCCUGGUCACCAACGCCGCCCUGCUCUGCUUUGCCACGGGUCUGCCUGCUAUGGCUUACCUUCAGGUUAACUACGCUGUAGUGACCUCCACCGAGGUCGCCUACUUCUCCUACAUUUACAGCGUUAUUCCUGUGGAAAAUUACCAAAGAGCCACCGGCUACCUGCGCAGCGCCAUGCUAGCUGGAUAUACGUUUGGGGCCAGCCUGGGCCAGGUGCUCGUAUCACUAGCAGGAGUGGACUACUUCUACAUCAAUGCCAUCACUCUGGGGAUCGUCAGCAUGGCUUUUCUCAUCUCCUUCUGGUUACCCAUGCCUCAGAGGACCCUCUUCUUCAAAGGGGAAAAAGCUGCAGCUGUGGGCCCUCUGUCACAGCAGGAGGGGCCUCUGGGAGCCCACGGGCCCGAGGAACCAAUGACAGAUGUGGGUGGAGUUGGCAGGAGGAAUGAGAGGAUGGAGCGUGAUGACAAUGCUGGCUGGUGCAGCAGAGAAAACGUGGCCGCUGCAGGCCGACUACUCUGGCAGAGCUUCAGGGAGUCCUACUCUUCCAGGCAUUUAAUCUACUGGUCCCUGUGGUGGGCUCUGGCAACAGCUGGCUACGUGCAGGUUUUUAACUACAUCCAGCUCAUGUGGGACCACAUCGAACCAUCUGCCACAUCCUCCAUCUACAACGGAGGAGUCGAGGCUGUCUGCUCUCUCGUGGGAGCUGCGGCGGCCUUCUCCGUGGGCUACAUCAAAGUAUCAUGGGCCGUGUGGGGGGAGCUGGCGUUGGGCUUGUUCUCUGCCGUGGGGACGUGUGCCGUGUUCCUGAUGGCCCUCACCAGAAGCAUCUGGUUGUGCUACGCUGGCUACGUCAUAUUCAAAUCCUGCUACAUGCUCCUCAUCACCAUCACAGCUUUCCAGAUAGCUUCAAACCUCUCCAUGGAGUGCUACGCUCUGACCUUUGGGAUCAACACGUUCGUGGCGCUGUCCCUGCAGACUAUCUUGACCGGCGUGGUCGUCGAUGAAGCUGCGCUGGGAUUGGAUAUCGUCACACAGUUCAUCAUCUAUGGCAGCUACUACGCUGCCAUCUCACUGCUCUUUCUGGUCCGGGGGACCUACACGGCCUGGAGGAGUCGAUGUGGCCCUGAGGAUCCCCAAACCAGGGAGCAGGAGUCCGGGGAGGAGGUGAUGUCUGCUGAGCGUUUCUGAACUGUCUCACCAUUCAAGUCUUUGAAAUGCUGGAGGAGUCAGAUUUUGAUUACCAAGAGAUCGUUCCUUCUGCCUGUGAGGAGUAAAACAUUCAAACACUCACGUUCCCCAGAUCAGGAUCUUGUUUCUGGUGGCUUUAAAGCCUCCCACUUCCUUUUAGUGUGUUUUUAGCUGCUGUGCCAUCAGUGUUAAAAUAACAAAGACAUGACUGCACAUUCUCUGAUAUGCACACACUUGUGCAUGUCCCAGACAGAGGAAAAUAAGACUACUGAGGCACCUUUUCUUUCUCUCACAGACAUAAAUACACACUCACAAAUGCCUAAAUACAUCAGUGAAUACGCAGCUCUGUUAAAACAAUUACACUGAUGUACAUGGUAUUAAAUACUGUAAAAGAAUAAAGCUCAAGAUUUACAGCAGUGUGCCACACUGGGACAGUAGUUCCCUCAGACUCCUAAAAUUUUUAACAAUCAUCCCUUAAUUUGCAGCGUUUUCCCAGAAUGCCUUUGAGCAGCAGACAUGUUUGCACCCUGGGUGAAGCUACCAGCUGAGUUAGUGAAGUCCUGACUGUGGUAACCUUCAUUUAUAUGACAAGGAUGAUAAUUUGGACUCUGAAAGAGUGCUUUCUGGGUGAAUUGCACCUUACAAUCUUACACUGUAGGAUUUCAGAGGAAGGUGUCAUUGAGA